AUGAGCCUCUUCAGCUCGGAUCAAAUCAUACCACGUCAGCCUUUCUGGGUGCCAGCCCGCCCAUCCAGUGCCAGGACCAGGUCUCCCAGGAAAACUGAAUCCAUCAUGGACAAAGCUUGGAAAGGACUGCUGAAGUCUGGCAUCAUCUUUCUGACCUUCAGUCUGUUUGUCUACAUAUUGUAUUACAUCGACUUUCUGGAGUUUCAGAGAACACCGAUGCCUCCAUUCAAGAACAUAAGAGGUUCCAGUGAUCCAGGCUCUAAUCGAAACUUCUGCACUCUCCGACCUUUGUCUCCCGAGGAGAUUGAUGAGGAAAACACUCUUCUAGAUUCCAUAGCUUGGCCAAAUGUUCCAUCUGUGCCACCUCCUGUUUCACUGAAUGACACCAGCAAUGCAGCCCUCAGCAAUUUUGUCAUUCUCCCAAGGCCAGGAGGUGGAUCGUGGCUCGUGGGGGAUCAGCUGGAGGUCUUGAUCAAGAUGUUUGACUUUAAGGGUCAUCCAAAGAACCAUGGAGGAGAUUUCUUACUGGCUCGGCUGCACAACCGGACACUUGAAGCAGGUGUGGCAGGUCAAGUGGUGGAUCAUCUCAAUGGCACCUACUCUGCUGUGUUCCUCUUACCCUGGGAAGGAAAGUCACAGGUUGAGAUAACACUGGUAAAUCCCAAUGAGGCAAUCCCAUUCCUGGAUCAGUUUGUCGGUGAAAAGCCUAAUGGAGUGGACUUCCACAGCACUUUUAAAUCAGGCUCGCUGACUCAGACUACCAUAUGCAGCGUGUGCCUGCCUCCAACCCAGCAGCCACAGUGUAACUACACUGACCUCAAUACAGGUGAGCUGUGGUUCUGCUACAAGCCACAGAAUCUGAGCUGCAAUGCCAGGAUCAACCACUUUGUCACAAACCACAAACCUGUCAAGGCCCAGGAGGACAUUCUCUUCAAACAGUGAGUAGUUAACAUGUCAAUGAUUCUUGAGCUGAAAUGACAGUACCUCUGAUGAAAAUGGAUGAAAGGCCAAUCAUAACACGUUUUGGGCAAGAGUCUCCUGAAAAGUAAAUUUCAACUGAUAAUUUUGCAGCACUGGUCUCAACGAAGGCACAACGACAACUUGCCAAAUGGUUUUCAAAUCACUGAAAAGGUUUUGGUGUUGUACAUAAACAUUUUGAUAUGUUUGCUUUGCUUCAGUGGUGUCACCAUGAAUGUUGGUAUUCCAGCUUCAGGACCUGCUCAUGUCACUGUGUUUCCUAAAAUGAAAGGUCAACUCUCAGCAAAGACCAACAAGGACAUACCUGGACCCGCUGGUUACUAUUACAAAGGUCUG